GUCAGGACAACGGUUUGUUGUGGUCCGUGUCCGUGUGUGCGCAUGCUCCUAACAUGAAAUUGCUGCGCUUUUUUAUUCGAUAUUUUCCACCAGGUAUAAUCCUGGAAUACAAGCAAGGAGGUUAUAUAAAGACUAAAUCUAUCGAUCUUUUAGAUUUGACUUCAGACACAGAUCCAGAUGAGCUGGUGGUUGAAAUCCAGCAGUCAGAACCAUUGAUCACACAGAGCCGGGUUGAACAGGUCAAAGAACUGAUCCAUCGACUUCAGCAGAAACAGGCCCACAACCGCAGCUUCUUUCUCCAGCAGGAGGUCCACGUUCACUUACUGCCACUGACAAAUGUUGCCUUUAAUAAAUCUGGUUCCAGGUUCAUCACUGGGAGUUACGACCGCAGGUGCAGAGUCUGGGACACAACAUCUGGACAACAGCUGCUUUCCUUAGAGGGUCACACCAACAUUGUAGCUGCAGUUGCAUUCAACAUCCCCUAUGGAGACAAGAUUGCCACCGGCUCUUUCGAUAGGACCUGCAAACUGUGGUGUGCACAAACUGGCAGCUGUUUGCAUACAUUACGUGGACACUUGGCUGAAAUUAGGUGCCUUGCAUUCAACCCCCAGAGUACACUGGUGGCCACAGGUAGCACGGACGCCUCUGCCAAGCUGUGGGACGUGAAGAGGGGCAAGGAGGUGGCCACUUUAAAGGGUCACUCUGCAGAAAUCCUCUCCUUGUGCUUUAACUCUGUUGGCAGUCAGCUGGUCACGGGCUCCUCUGACCAAACACUUGCUGUUUGGGAUGUUGCCACUGAAAGACUUGUUCACAUGCUGGCAGGUCACGCAGGAGAAAUAAGCAAUGCUCAGUUUAACUGGGAUUGCUCACUUAUUGUCUCGGGUUCCCUGGACAACACAUGUAAGUUGUGGGAGGCAGUCAGUGGGAGGUGUGUGGCCACACUGGCUGCACACACAGAGGAGGUGUUGGAUGUGUGCUUUGAUUCAACCGGUCAGCUUGUUGCCAUCGCGUCUGCUGACGGAACAGCAAGUGUGUUCAACGCAGCCACAUAUGAAUGUAUGGCAAGACUGGAGGGCCAUGAAGGAGAGAUAUCAAAGAUCUGCUUCAGCCCCCAGGGUAACACAAUCCUGACUGCCAGCUCAGACAAGACGGCUCGUCUGUGGGACGUUCAGACGGGGGGCUGUCUGCAAAUCCUGACGGGUCACACUCUUGAAAUCUUCUCCUGUGCCUUCAACUACGAGGGUGACACCAUCAUUACAGGCAGCGCGGAUAACACAUGCCAGAUUUGGAGAUGUAAGGAUGAGCCUUAAACAUACGUGAACACAGCAGUCUGUUUAUUGUUGCCGUGUGUUAUCAUUUUGUUUUCUCUUUGGAAUUUUUGUAAAAUUCACAACAAUAAAAGAAAAAUUCUUUCACCUCA